CAUCAAAAUACAUUAAAUAAGUGUUUUAAACACUUAGUUUUUACUUUGAAAAACUUUGCAUUUUUCGGUCGGGUUUUAGUGCCAGUCGGCUAAGCCAUGGUUUUGGGCUAGCCAUCUACCCAGCGAUGGUAGAUUUCACCCAUGCAUGGGUAAGUGAUCCCGGGAUUCCAGAAUCAUGCCACCCAGCGAUGGGAAGAUCUUCCCAUCGAUGGGUAAGCAGUCCCUCAACGAAACUGAUUUCCAGAACCAUGCCAAACAGCGAUGGGAAGUUCUACCCAUCACUGUUAAAGCCUUGGUGCAACAUUACCACAAGGCAGAAUGCCCUUACCCAGCGAUGGGAAGCUUUACUCAUCGAUGGGAACCCAGAAAGGUAUUUCCCUUCGGGUUGAAGUCUUGGAGUGCGGUAUCUCCGAGCAAGUGUAUUGAGGCUCGUGGGACUCGAGUUCUCAGGUUGUAACGGUUUGUUAAGCACCCGUAAGCUUAACGGAAGUAGUGUAGCUCGAGAGAGUCUCUCGGGAGGCUGGAUUAGCCACAAGUUGUGGUGAACCAGGGUAAAUCUUGGUGUGCUCCCUUUACUCCUUUUUAUUCCGCUCUUUACUUUAUCCCUGCGAUUUUUAUUCCGCGAAAAUUUAUAAANAGUGUAUUGAGGCUCGUGGGACUCGAGUUCUCAGGUUGUAACGGUUUGUUAAGCACCCGUAAGCUUAACGGAAGUAGUGUAGCUCGAGAGAGUCUCUCGGGAGGCUGGAUUAGCCACAAGUUGUGGUGAACCAGGGUAAAUCUUGGUGUGCUCCCUUUACUCCUUUUUAUUCCGCUCUUUACUUUAUCCCUG